AUGUCCACCCUGCUGGAUCUCAAGAGCAGCGUGCUCAGGCAGGUGCAGGGGUGCCCUUCAUUCCGGCGCAGGACAGAAGAGGAGGCGGCCAGCUCUGCAUCCGAUGCCCCAGCACCCUCGCAGGAGGCCUGGAAGCCCGGGGAUGGCGUGGAAUUCUUCGCGCAGAUGCGGCUUGUGCUGAAGAAGGGCGAGGACCGCCAGCGCCUGCUGCACCCAGAGGUCCUCCUGUGCAGCGACUCGCCAGCUCCUCCCGAGCCCGUGGACCCCAGCCGUGGUCUGAGGACCUUGAGCCCAGAAGAGGUGGAGAUGCUCUACGAGGAGGCCUUGUACACAGUCCUCCACCGCGCGGGGACCAUGAAUGCUGACCAAGUGGACGAUCAGGAAGCCCUGCUGGCCUACCUCAGGCAGGUGUUCAGCACCAGCCCAGAAGAGCAUGCUGAGGCCGUGGGGCAUGUGAAGAAGGCCAAGGCCCCCACCUAUGCUCUCAAAGUCUCUGUCAUAAGAGCCAAGAACCUCCUGGCCAAGGACCCAAAUGGUUUCAGCGACCCCUACUGCAUGCUGGGCAUUCUGCCGGCCUCUAGCACCCAGCAGCAGUCCCCAGGGAAGGAGCACCGUUUCAGCUUCCACAAAGGCAGCAAACGUGGUGGCAGGGGCAGCAGCAGAGACCCACUGCCUGCCAAGUGCAUUGAAGUGACCGAGGUUAAGAGCAGCACUCUGAACCCAGUCUGGAAGGAGCACUUCAUCUUUGAGGUUGAGGAUGUCAACACAGACCAGCUGCACCUGGACAUUUGGGACCAUGAUGAUGAUGUAUCCCUGGGAGAAGCCUGCAGGAAACUGAAUGAGGUCAUGGGCCUGAAGGGCAUGGGCAGGUAUUUUAAACAGAUUGUCAAGUCAGCCCGGGCAAAUGGGGCAUCGGGGCCCACCAAGGACCACUCUGAUGACUUCCUGGGGUGCCUCAACAUACCCAUUCGGGAGGUGCCUGUGGCUGGUGAGGACCGCUGGUUCAAACUGGAGCCUCGUUCUAGUGCCUCUCAAGUGCAAGGCGAGUGCCACCUGGUGCUCAAGCUUAUUACCACACAGAGGGACACCAGCAUGAGCCAGCGUGGUCGGUCCGGCUUUCUGUCCUACCUGAUGCUGCUCAACAGCCUGAUGCAGUUUGAACAUUGCACGGAGAAGCCUGAAUCAAGCAGAUGGUGUGGGGAGCUCAGUGGACCAGCCACCACCAUCCUCUGUCUGCAUGGUGCCCAGAGCAAUCUGUCACCCCUGCAACUGGCUGUGCUGCACUGGCAGGUCAGCAGCCGACACCAUCAGACCCACUCUCUGGAUUACGGCUACCUGUUGGGGCUGCUGGAUGACAUCCAGGCACACUGGGAAGAUUCUGCAUCACUGCCCCAGGAGCAGGAAGAGUGUCUGGCUGACAGCUUCUCGGCCUUCUCGGAGUUCGGGCUUCGGCUGCUGCGCCAGCUCCGAGACUACUUCCCAGCCACCAACAGCACAGCCAUCUCCCGCCUGGAGCUGCUGCUCAAGUGUCUGGGCAAGCUCCAAGCCUUCCAGCCUUCCUUGGAGAUCUGUCCCUUCGAGUCCGAGCUGAAGAUGGACGUUGCCGCGGCCCUAAAGAGAGGCAAUUGCGAGUGGUAUGACAAGCUCCUGACUGCCAAGAGCCCCCGCGAGCAGUCGGCGCCUCAGCGCCUCCCCGGGCUCAUCGAGCUAGUUGACGCCGUCUACGAAGAUCUGCAGGCUUGUUACGGCGUCUAUGCCAGCCUCUUCCACAGCAUCCUGAAGGUCGACUUCUUCACCCUCACCUUUGGGCAGCUGGAGCGUCUGUUGGCAGAGGAGACAUGUAUUCUAAUGGAGGAGCUAAGUCCCAAGAUGAACCCGGAGGUAGCCUCCGGGCUGUUUGAGCUCUACCUGACCCUGGCAGACUUGCUACAUCUCUGGAGCAGUGUUCGCAGCCCGGACAGUCGCUCGCUGGCCUUGGCGGGCAUCCACGUGACCUUCCUGCCUGCCAUCAAGCUCUGGCUGCAUGUACUGCGGGAUCAGACUAGGGGGCGGCUGCAGAGCGCCGUGGACGUGGACACGUUGGAGCCGGUGGACGCCUCUUCCAAACACAGUGGUUCCGCCGCUGCCGCUGGACUGUGCUUCAGCCACCUGCAGGAGUUCUGGGUGCGCCUGGCAUGGCCGGACCUCGCGCAGGCCCAGGGGCUGGGCACUCAACUCGGCCAGGACAUGUGUGAGGCCGCUGUGUUCUACACGGAGCUGCUUCGGAAGAAGAUGGACACACAGCCAGGGGCCUCAAGUGAGGCGGUUAGUAAACAGCUCUGCGCAGUUCUUAACAACGUGGAGCUGGUGCGCAAGGCGACCGGGCAGGCGCUGAGGGGUCUGGCCUGGCCCGAGGGCUCUGGGGGGCCCGAGGCCGGCCUCCCAAGAGCCCUGCUCAGCUGCUCACAGGCUCUGGACGAAGAUCUGCAGCGGGAGGCGCGCACCGUGACCGCCCACCUGACCUCCAAGAUGGUGGGCGACAUCCGGAAAUACGUGCAGCACGUCAGCCUAUCGCCCGACUCCAUUCAGAAUGAUGAGGCCGUGGCCCCGCUCCUGAAGUACCUGGACGAAAAGCUGGACCUGCUGAACGCCUCACUGGUGAAGGAGAACCUGGACAGGGUGCUGGAGGGGCUCUGGGAGCUACUGUUGCAAGCUAUCCUGCAGGCGCUGGGCGCCAAUCGUGACGUCUCGGCCGACUUUUACGGUCGCUUCCACUUCGCCCUGGAGGCUCUGGUGAGCUUCUUCCAUGCCGAGGGCCAGGGUCUACCCCUGGAGAGUCUCAAGGAUGGGAGCUACAAGAGGCUGGAGGAGGAGCUGCGUCUUCACAGAUGCUCCACCCGAGAGUGCAUCGAGCAGUUCUACUUGGACAAACUCAAGCAGAGGCCAAUGAAGCAGAACAGGUUUGGACGCCUGAGUGUCCGUUGCUACUAUGAGGCAGCAGAGCAGCGGCUGGCGGUGGAGGUGCUGCAUGCCGCUGACCUUCUCCCACUGGACGCCAAUGGCCUGAGUGACCCCUUCGUGAUCGUGGAGCUGGUCCCACCGCACCUAUUCCCGCUGGUCCGCAGCCAGAGGACUGCAGUCAAGACCCGGACCCUGCACCCUGUGUAUGACGAGCUCUUCCACUUCUCCGUGCCAGCUGAAGCCUGCCGCCGCCGUGCGGCCUGCGUGCUCUUCACAGUCAUGGACCACGACUGGCUGUCUACCAAUGACUUCGCUGGUGAGGCGGCCCUCGCCCUGAGUAGUGUUGCAGGCGUUGCCCGAACCCCCGCAGGAGCGGGUGCACGAGCUGGGCAGCCUGUCACCCUGAACCUGCGCCGGCCCAAGGCCCAGGUGAUGGCAGCCUUGCGAAUGCUGGAGGGCCGGGCCAACAAGGAUGCCCAGGAUUUGGUCAAGAAGCUCCGGGAACUGGACAAGAGCAUGGAGGGGGAUGCUUGA